GAAAUUGACUAAUAUUUUCUGUAUCUCUAUAUAAAGGGACAGUGUAUUUUGAAUUUUGCGCGCUCAAAUUCUGGUUAUCUCUGGUUUUCUGUUCAUUCGCUGUUUUACUGGGUGGUGCAGAAUCGAGAUAGCUGAAAAUGGAGGACAUGGACGAAAUCGACGCUGUUCCUCAGGUUUACAUGGCUUGCAUACUAAAUGGUCAUAGAAUAGGAGUUUCUUAUUAUGAUUCCACACUUCGACAACUUUAUGUACUUGAAGUUUGGGAUGAUGGCGACAAAGGUUUUCCAAUUAUUGAUCUGGUGAAAUAUCAAGCCAACCCUUUGGUUAUUUACACAAGCACUAAAAGUGAAGAAUCCUUCUUGUCUGCUCUGCAACAAAAGGAUGGAGUAGCUGAGUAUCCUACAGUAAAGCUUGUUAAAAGUUCAAUAUUCAGCUACGAGCAAGCAUGGCAUAGAUUAAUUUACCUGCGAGUGGCGGGGAUGGAUGAUGGAUUAAAUAUGAAGGAGAGGAUUUACUAUCUGAGUUCAAUGAUGGACAUGGGAAGUGAAGUACAGGUUCGUGCUAGUGGUGGUCUCCUUGCAAUACUAGAGGAUGAAAGGAUUGUAGAUACUCUUGAACAGAAAGAAUCAGGAAAUACAUCAAUUUCAAUUGAUUCUGUUGCAGAAAUUUCACUAAAUAACUUUCUCAAACUUGAUGCAGCAGCUCAUGAAGCAUUACAAAUAUUCCAAAUUGACAAGCACCCAAGCCACAUGGGAAUCGGUAGAGCAAAAGAAGGGUUUUCAGUAUUUGGAAUGAUCAAUAAGUGUGUGACUCCGAUGGGUAGACGUCUUUUGAGAAAUUGGUUCUUAAGGCCUAUUCUUGAUCUUGAAGUGCUGAACUACCGUUUAAAUUCUAUAUCUUUUUUUCUAUGCUCAGAAGAACUUGUUGCUUCAUUACGGGAAACCUUGAAAUCUGUGAAGGAUAUACCCCACUUGCUGAAGAAAUUUGACUGUCCAAGCUCUACGUGCACUAGCUCUGAUUGGGCAGCUCUUCUAAAGAGUAUUUGUGCGCUGUUGCAUGUAAACAAGAUUUUUGAAGUUGGAAUGUCCGAAGACCUUCGUGAAGAAUUGAAGUAUUUAAACUUGGACAUUGUCGAGAAGGCUAAUUCAUGUAUAACAGCAGAACUUGGUUAUGUUUAUGAACUGGUAAUUGGUGUUAUUGAUUUAAAUAGAACUAAAGAGAAAGGUUAUGCGACGGUUGUGAAGGAAGGUUUCUGUGACGAGUUAGAUGAGCUGAGGCAAAUAUAUGAGGAACUGCCGGAAUUUCUGGAAGAGGUUUCAUCGAUGGAAUUGGAUCAACAUCCUGGUCUAUGCAAGGACAAGCGUGUUCCUUGCAUUGUUUAUAUACAGCAAAUAGGUUAUUUAAUGUGUAUCUUUGAAGAAAAACCUGAAGAAACCUCUCUGGAGACACUUGUAGAUUGGGAAUACGCAUUUUGUGACACAGAUGGAGAGACAAAAAGAUACUUUUAUCGUACGCCAAAGACACGAGAAUUGGAUAGUCUGCUCGGUGAUAUCCACCAUAAAAUUCAAGAUAUGGAGAGGGCAAUCACCAGAGAUUUGUUUUCGCGUAUAUUGCUAUUCCAGACCCUUUUGAUAAAGGUGGCAACUUUUGCAGCUGAACUGGACUGCUUUUUGUCAAUGGCAUUGGUUGCACGGCAGAACAACUACGUCAGGCCUUCGUUGACUGAAGAAAAUUUGCUUGAUAUAAAAAAUGGAAGGCAUGUUUUGCAGGAAAUGACGGUAGACACAUUUAUUCCUAAUGACACUAAGAUUCUUCAUGAUGGAAGAAUAAAUAUCAUCACCGGUCCUAAUUUUUCUGGAAAAAGUAUCUAUAUAAAGCAGAUUGCUAUAAUUGUUUUUCUCUCCCACAUUGGUAGUUUUGUGCCAGCCGAUUCAGCAACUGUGGGUCUAACAGAUAGAAUAUUUUGUGCAACGGGAAGCAGGCUUAUGACAGCUGAACAAUCAACAUUUAUGAUUGAUCUACAUCAAGUAGGGAUGAUGCUCAGGCAUGCUACUUCGCAAUCUCUGUGUUUGGUUGAUGAAUUUGGUAAAGGUACUCUUACAGAAGAUGGCAUUGGUCUACUUGCUGGAACCAUAAAUCACUUUGUCACAUGUCAUGAACCUCCAAAGGUUUUCGUGUGCACUCAUCUCAUGGAUUUAUUGCAUGGACAUUCCCUGACCAAGUCUGAGCAGAUUAAGUUUUACACAAUGAGUAUACUGAGGCCUGACGACAAUUCCACAUACAUUGACGACAUUGUAUUUUUAUACAGGCUUAUCCCUGGACAUGCCCAUCAUAGCUACGGGCUGCAUUGUGCUCUGCUUGCUGGUGUACCAGAGGAAAUUGUAAAAAGAGCUGCUGCUGUGUUGGAUACCGUUUCAAAUAAUAAUCAUGUCGAGCGGUUAUGCAAUGAGAACAUCUCUGCCCAAGAUCGUCAAUGCAAGGAUGCCAUGGAUAAACUGUUGGAAUUCGAUAUUGAAAAAGGCGACUUAAAACUUUUCUUUGAGGAUAUAUUUUCUCCAGUUCUUAAUGCAUCGUGACUGAAGUCUUAUCUGCUGAUUGUUUUCGUAGGAAUUAUUGAGAUGCCAGGUGUGAUGGUAUGACAUUUAUAUCAAGAUGAGUUGCAUACAUUUUUAUUGAGCAUCCAUUUUGGAGAAUUAUAUCUUCCUAUAGCAGAGUCUUUUUCAUUGGUUUAUCAACCUCAAGCUAAAAAGUUAGUAGUAUGUGGAAAGU